AUGAGCACGAACUCAUCAUUGUUACAGACAAUUGAACCUGAUGAUCCUUCGGUGGCGCAGGCUCCAUCUAGAAACACUGUGUCCAAUACUCGACCUGCGGUAGUAUUGACACCUAAUAACCUGGCCUCUGCUCCAGCCGAUGCAGAAUCAGGCAUUGCUGGUAUAUUGAGACAGUCUGCACAUCCUGCAGCUUUGUUUUGCCUCUAUUUCUUCAGGACAUCCGCCAUCGCCGUGUACAUUUUAUGUGGACUGUUGACAAACAAUUAUGUCCUCUCUACGGUAGUGGUAGUUGUCUUACUUGCAAUGGACUUCUGGAAUUGUAGAAACGUUGCUGGACGUACCCUUGUUGGUCUGCGUUUCUGGAACCAGGUGGAUGACGACGGGGAGAGCUAUUGGGUAUUCGAGAGCAGAGACCCAACAAGACCAGCAAAUCCAGUGGAUGCCAAGAUGUUCUGGAUAGCUCUUUACGUGUUUCCAGCACUCUGGUUGCUGCUCUUUAUAGUCUCCAUUCUCCAUUUCAGCCUCUCGUUUAUACCCAUUGUGGCUCUAGCGCUUGUCUUCAAUUUUACCAAUGCCGUUGGAUUCACAUAUGCAGACAGGGAUGCAAAACAAAGAUGGGCCAAUAGUAUUGCGUCUUCCGGAUGGAACAUGGGAAUGGGGGGCAUAGGUGGGCAGAUCCUGGGCAGCGCCAUGAAGAACAGUGUCGGGAGAUUGUUCGGAUGA